GUGAUUAUCUUGUUGAUAGCAUCGCAACAGAAGGAAGCUUUCUGAAAUUCUGAUCAAGAUGCCAGAAAAAAAACAAGAAUAUUGGAUACCAGAAAGUAUUAAAGAAGUAUCGUUCGAGGAAAAAUAUGAAAUCCUGACAGAAUUGGGGAAAGGAGCUACUUCUGUAGUGCACAAGUGUAAUGAUAAAGGAACAAGUAAGGCUUGGGCUGUCAAAAUAAUAAAUAAACGGGUUGACUUCAAAGUAAUCAAUACAGAAAUUGGUGUUUUGUUGAAAUUAAAUCAUCCAAAUGUGAUUAGACUUAAAGAAAUAUAUGAAACACCCCAGCACAUAUAUCUGGUGUUAGAGCUAGUGAAAGGAGGUGAACUGUUUGACAGGAUAGUAACAAGAGGAUUUUACUCUGAGAAAGAUGCAGCUGCUGCUGUAAAACAGACACUUAUUGCUGUACAGUAUCUUCAUCAGAAUGGAGUGGUGCACAGAGAUUUAAAGCCUGAAAAUUUAUUAUAUGAAGAUCUCAGAGAAGACUCAGCUCUCAAAGUUGCUGACUUUGGAUUAUCUAAAAUAUUGGACCAUGAAGUACAGAUGAAUACAGUUUGUGGAACCCCAGGUUACUGUGCACCAGAAGUAUUGGCAGGAAAGAAAUACACACCAGCAGUAGAUAUUUGGAGUUGUGGAGUUAUUACAUAUAUCUUGUUAUGUGGAUAUGAACCAUUUUAUGAAGAAUCAGAAAGAGAAGUAUAUAAAAGAAUAUUGAAAGGAGAUUACCAUUUUGAUUCCCCAUUCUGGGACAGUAUUUCAUGGAAUGCUAAGGAUUUAAUAAGUAAAAUGCUACAACUUGAUCCUAAGAAAAGAAUAACAGCAGAUCAAGCAUUACAACAUCCAUGGGUUAAAGGGUCGGCAGCUAAGAAUGAACAUAUGGCGGAAGCUCAGAAUAAGAUCAAAGAAUUCAAUGCAGCCAGAAAGAUGAGGGCAACAAUGGAUGCAACGUUAUUAGCUGCUCGAGUCGGCCGUGUACAAGAACUCCUCGGAUCAAUCAGUGAUGUAUCGCAACAAUCGGUGCCUAUGGAAAUGUAGAUAUAUUUUUACAGACUGUGAUAUUAACACAUUGAAUACUUCACACUGGUUUGCAAUCAUCAUAUCAUGGAAACUGUUGACUCCGUCCAAUUCAAAAGAAUUUAUAAGUGUGAUAUUUGAUCAAUUAUCUGUCAGUGUAAUAUCAAGAGGGAGAAAACUAUUUGUUUAAUCUGUUUUAGACAAUAUGAAGGACUUUGGUUUAAUUUAUUGUUCUUGCAUCAAAGAAAAGUAAUGUUACACUAUUAACUGAUUAUCCAUUUUGUAAAAAAUCAAAUUUUGGUGCAUGGUUUUUUUUUAAAUUAUCCAGAAUAUUGUAAGAUUCUGAAAUAGAGAUUUUCAAUAUUUUUUAUUCUGUUACACGAUGUCUAAAAUUAAGUUUGAUAUGCACUCAAAAGAAAUAGUGAAUUUGAUAUCAAAUAUGGAUCUUCAAGAUUGACCUAUGCUCCAUUUGUAUAUUUUCGACUUGUCCUUUUGUGAAAGGAUAGAAUUUGAAGAUCUUAAGUUAUAAAUUUUAUAUAUAAUUAAUAAGAAGCUGUUAAAUAUGUAUGAUCUGUCCAUUUGUAAUAACUGACUGCAAUUGACAGUCACAAAUAUCAGCAAAGGUGUUAAUUUUGCUUAAAUUAAAGGACAUGUUAUGAUGUCCUAAUAUGGUUACCUGAUUAUAAUAUGGUAAGAUGAAUGGAAAUUUAAUGAAAUGAUUUCAUCAUGGCAAGUUUAUUCUGCAAUAUUUCCUUAAUAGUUUCAAGAUUUAUAAUUCUGUAACCACUUUGAUUGAACAUGUUGUUUGUAAAUUGCAGAUUUGACAUUUUUCUUCUUUUACCUGCACUGUCAUAUCGCCUUUGGAGGGAUUAUUGUUGAAGUGUUCUUAUACACUAGUGUCUCGAUUUCACAAGGAAUAUCUGUAUAACAAAGAAUUAUUUGCCCCAAAAAAAAAUUGAUGUAAACAUUUUUUUUUAAAUAUUAAUCAAUGGUAGAUCCAAAAAAUGUAUUGCCAUGGGUGGUGGUCACUGCUGUCACCUAAAGUGUGAAUUUUAUGAGAUUUUUUGUUUUGUUUUUGGGGGGAUGUCCUUAAUUUUAGAGCAUUCCUGGGUUGAAAGUUUCUACACACAUUAUGUAAAGAGUCCCAAAAAAAGUUUAAUCUUUGAAAUAUUUAUGUUGCAACAAAACUGGUUUUCUGUGUCAUAAAUGUCUUUUUUGAAUCUUUUACAGUAAUACAUUUUUUGGAAGAUUGCAUACUUUUAUGGCAUUUAUACUCCAAAAAUCUUUUUUGUUUGUUUGCACUUAGGUUAAAUAUUCUUACACAUAAUUUGUUAUAAAGAAGUGAUACUUUGUAUGCAAUUUAAGACUGAUAGGAAUCUUAGUCCAUCAUUUAUAUAGAUGACUGUUGGAUUAUUGUAGAUCAAAAAAAAAUCAGUAAUAUUUGUACAUAUCUACCUUUACAUAGUUUUUUUACAAUAUUUAAUGUUUACAAUUGAUUUUGUAUAAACAUGUGUUGCUUCUGUGAUAGUUUUGAUAUCUUUUUUCUUCCUUUAUUUUGUACAUUCCAGUUUUUUUAUUGUAUUUAUAGUACGUAGGCAAGAAAACUAAAAUGUAAUAUUUUAUCUGAAUAAAUAUUUGUUAUCUA